AUGGCCUAUACGGGAAUCCUACAAGGAAUGCGGCCAGUCGGUUCAGAUACUGAUCCGGAAAAGAAGAACCAAGCAAAGCUGUCCUUGAGCCGGUUUGUACCCGCCAUGGUUAAGAUGAUUGCGAUAUGUUGUGAAACUACGCCAGUGCUUCCGUCGGAUGGUCUUGUUGCCUCGGUGGCUGGUUUAAUUGGUGAUCUCGUUGUAUUGUACGGUACCCAAAUCACUCCGGAGCUUUCCAACGACAAGGUGAAAGCCCUUCUCGAUCGAGGGCGGAAGAGUCGCACUUCGAAGACGAAAUCGGUCGCGAUAUGGGCGAGGAAAGAGAUGCAGAAGGCGGUGAACGCCGUCACACCAGCGUCAUGA